AUGAAGUUAUUAGAAUUUAACAGUAUUUAUGAAAAACUGUUUCGACGCUAUUGUAAUGGUGGAUUUGCUACUAGAAUUAUAGGCCUAAGAAAAGUCUACUUGAUAUUUAAUCCUAAAAGUGCUCAGGUAAUACUUGAACAUAGUAAAAAUAUUAACAAAGCAGAUUUGUACAAAUGUUUUGUUCCUUGGUUGGGAGAUUCGCUCUUUCUCAGUUCUGGAGAAAAAUGGAAGAAAAGAAGGAAAUUAUUGAUGCCAGCGUUUCAUUUCUGUAUUUUGGAAAACUUUUUGCCGGUUAUGGACGAACAAUCCCGGAUUAUGGUAGACAAACUGAUGGAGCUCAAAGAUAAAGAAUGGAUAGAUUUCACUCCAUUAAUGGCUCGCUGUGCUUUAGAUAUCAUAUGUGAAACAGCUAUGGGAAUCCAGAUGAAUGUGCAAAAUCAAGGGAGUUUAGAGUACGUAGACGCUCUCGACUUCGUCAGAGAGAUAAUUACAAAGAGAAUAUUUGAAAGAGCUGUCAUUCCCAAUUUUCUAUUUUAUGUGAGUGCUGAAGGAAGAAAAUUCAAAAAAUGUAUAAAAAUAAUGAAUAGUUUUACUAUGCGAGUGAUAGAAGCAAGGAAAAAAAUUUUAGAAAAUAAAAAGAACGAGAAGAAAAUCUCAAAGGAAGAUCAAUACUUGAAUAUAAAACAAAGAAAACCUUUCUUGGACACUGUUCUGGAUUGCUAUUUUAAAGAUCCUUUUUUCACUUUGGAAGAUGUGAAGGAAGAAGUCGACAUAUUUAUGUUUGCUGGGCACGAUACGACAACUUACGGUUUGAUCUGGAUAUGCUAUUUGUUGGGAAAUAAUCAACAUGUUCAACAGAAACUGAUAAAAGAAGUUGAUGAGGUAUUUGGAGGUGAUAUCGAGAGAAAUAUAACUCACGAUGACAUUAAAAAAAUGAAAUACAUGGAAUGUGUUAUUAAAGAGAGCUCUAGAAUAUACACCCCAGUGCCUAUGAUUGGAAGAAAAUUAACGGAAAGCAUCGAGAUUGAUGGAAAAAAGAUUCCGAAAGGUUCAAACUGCGGAGUGAUGAUCCAUUACAUCCAUCGAAACGCUCAAGAAUUUCCAGACCCGGAAUCCUUUGAACCGAAUAGAUUCUUGCAAGAAAAUUGUGUUAAACGGCAUCCUUAUUCAUAUAUACCUUUUUCUGCUGGUCCCAGAAAUUGCAUUGGUAUGUCAUUAAAUCGAGCAUAAAUUUCGCUGAUUAUAAAUUUUAAUAAAUACUUCUAUUUUAUGUUUUCAGGUCAAAAGUUUGCCUUACUAGAAGAGAAAACAAUACUAACGAACAUUUUAAGGAAUUUUACUAUAAAAUCUAUAGAUAACGACGUUAACCCGAUUAUCGGCAUCCUUUUACAUCCUCAAAAGAAGAUACGAAUUAAAUUUAUACCCAGAAACUUGAAUGGAUGGAGGAACACUAUUGAUAAACAAAACUCUUUUGCUAAAUGUUUUUUAUAAUGUUAUCGCUUUUUUGAAUAUAUUACG